GGAUUGGUUGUGAAGAAUGCGCCUGUCGGGCCCCAAACGCAAUAGUUAAGCCCGGUGCAGAGCGCAGCGGAAUAUAAGCCGUCGCGAUCCAGCGCGGGGAAACGAUUCGCAAUGGCUCUGCUCAUGAGGAGGGGAAUGGCUACAAUGGCAUCGCUCAAGAGAGCCGGAAAAGUCAUCUGCAUUGGCCGCAACUAUGCGGACCACAUCACCGAGCUCAACAGCGCCCGGCCCAAGCAGCCCUUCUUCUUCCUGAAGCCGCCUUCGUCCAUCCUGCUUCCCGGCGAGGGCCCAGUGAUCCGGCCGAAGGGCGUCGACCUGCACUAUGAGGUCGAACUCGCUCUGAUCCUGGGCAAGCGGGUCAGGGAUCUCAGCGCACAGGACGAGCAGGCGGCGUUGGAGGCGAUCGAGAGCUACGCGCUCAGCAUUGAUAUGACGGCCCGCAACAUCCAGAACGAGGCCAAGAAGAAGGGUCUGCCCUGGGACAUCAGCAAGGGCUUCGACACGUUCCUGCCCGUGAGCAAGGUCAUCAACAAGGCGGCCAUCCCGGACCCGCACAACAUCGAGCUGUACCUCACCGUCAACGGCAAGGUGCAGCAGAACGACUCGACCGAGCUGAUGCUGUUCCGUAUCCCCCGGAUCCUGAGCGACAUCUCCAAGGUGAUGACCCUCGAACCGGGCGACAUUGUCCUGACGGGCACGCCCAAGGGUGUCGGUCCGGUUGUGCCGGGCGAUGUCAUGCGCGCGGGCAUCAGAGUGGGCGGCAAAGAGCUGGAGGAAGCCAAGAUCGAGGUUGCGGUGGAGGAGUCGACCAGCUCAUAUGAGUAUGCCGAGACUUGA